UCAUCACUUCCCCGAAGUUCAUCGGAGGUGUUGGUGGUGGUAGUGGUGGUGUUUCAGUGCUGCAGGGGGUGCUGUCACCUGCUAACUCUAUUUAAUGAGACACGAGAGCUACACUAGCCUAGCCUAGCAUAUCACAUGACUCUGAACUGACCUGGUCUGCAAUGGCCGCGUGGUGACCCAAUGGCAGGUGCCCAGCUGUCACCCGGCGGCCCUCACCCUCACCUGACCUGCUUGUUGGCACCACCUCAGGGCACGUGGACAAGGAUUGUGUGAAGCACCAAAUUGAAAUCAUCUGGAGGAAUUAUGAAGAGGCAAAUAAACAUUCAAAUGGAAAAAAUCAUUGAGCUUCCAAAAAGUUGAUCUAUUCUGGAAGUUGGAUCAUUAAUCUAGAAAAUGUUAUAAAAGUGAAAACUAGUGAUGAAAGGGUUUCCAAGAAAACAUUUUUAAUUUCUUUUCAUGACGUGCAUCCAAACAGACAGUAAUGUUGCAUAUGCCCUUCAGUAAAAGAAAACAAUGUUACUUAAAAGGACUUGAGAACAUAAGUGUACUUGUAAAUGUGUUGUGUGAGUUUUAAGGAUUACACUGCAUCUCAUCUCAGACAGAGACAAUGUUGCCUGUUACUAUUGAUGUGGAGGAUACCAAGCCUCUCCUGACUCCUGUCAGUCGCACAAAACUCAAAGACUUACUGAGCAGUGUUAUUCGUCUCAUUCUUUCAGACUCAGAUUCCCGCAAUCUUUUUUUCUUUCUUCUUUUGAAUCUGACCUUUGGCUUUGUUGAGCUGAUCUAUGGAGUGUGGACCAACAGUCUGGGUCUUAUCUCGGAUGCCUUCCAUAUGUUCUUUGAUUGCUCUGGUCUGCUGGUGGGCCUGGCUGCCAAAGUCAUCACCAAGUGGCGGGCAAAUGAACGUUUUACUUAUGGAUAUGUGAGGGCAGAGAUCUUGGGUGGUUUCAUUAAUGGGUUAUUGUUGUUAUUUGUCUCUUUCUUCAUCUUUGCAGAAAGUGUAGAGCGCCUCAUGGAGCCUCCUGAGGUGAAGCACGAACGUCUCUUUGUUGUGUCUGUCCUAGGCUUCUUUGUUAACCUCGUUGGGAUAUUUGUAUUCCAGCAUGGGGGAGGUCAUGGUCAUUCUCAUGGUGGUCACGGCCACUCGCAUGGGGAUCAUGGCCACUCACAUGGGGACAGCCACCAUGGUCAUUCUCACAAUGGCCAUGCACAUCAUGGUCAUUCCCAUGGUGGAGGUGCACCAUCACAGAUCAUGCAAGGAGUCUACUUACACAUCUUGGCAGAUACCUUGGGGUCAAUUGGAGUCAUAGUGUCAUCUAUUCUUAUGUACCUAUUUGGAUGGAUGAUUGCAGACCCUAUCUGCUCCCUCUUCAUAGCAGUGUUGAUCCUAGUCAGUGUACUCGGCCUCCUUCGGAACUCUGUGGAAAUCUUGAUGCAGCGGCAACCCAGGGAGUUGGACGACUUACUACCAAACUGUUUCUACAAGAUUCAUGCAUUACCAGGAGUGUUCAGUGUCCAAGAGCCCCACUUCUGGACAUUAUGCUCAGGACAGUAUGUGGGGAAUGUGAAGCUGGAGGUGUCUGGUGCAGCAGACCCAAGAUAUCUCGUGCAACAAACUCGGGCCAUCUUCUCCACAGUGGGCGUAACACAGCUUUAUGUUCAGCUGGACUAUACCACCAUGUAGCACCAAACUUAGGUUUAGGAAAUAUUUAUGAAUUCCCAUAUAACAAUUUCUUAACUUAUCACCUAAUGAAGGCUUGUUCCUGAAAAAUCUCCAUAGAUAAUCUGAAAUCAAAUUCAUGUCACGUAAAUAUUUAUAAAAGUUUAUAAAGUAGAAUAUUAUAUGGACAGUGAUGGUUUUAGUGUUUAGGUUUGCUGGAGAGCUUUUGUGAAUUAGUGGACCAACAAAGCUUUUUAUAGGAGUGCAAGACUUGCCUUAUAUUUAUAUUAUCUUGUACUCCUUUGAGGCUCUCCCAUAGCAACAGUCCUUCCUGUGUAGUUUUGUAGGAGCUGCUACAUCCAGCUACCUUUCAUCACACAUCUUGGAAACCUGACACACUUUAUUUAUUCAUGAUUAACCAUAAGAUUUUGUCAUGAAUAUUAAUAGCACAGAAUCUCUUCUCAAGGUCACAGAAGGAAUUUGAUUUUUCAUUGGUUAUUCAUUAGAUAUUUCUUCUAUUCAUAAGUACUGCAUUUUUCUCUUGAGCUCUCCAAGAAAUAUAAGCAGAUUACUCUUUAACAUCACUGCUCAGGUUGUAACAAGUUGUCUUGCAUUAUGUUUCAUGUUAGGUAAGACUUGGUUAUAUAGAGAACCAUACAUGUUACCUCCUGUAAGAAUAAUAAAUGUGGAUGGUUGAUCUUUAGUUAUGGUGAAUUUUGUAUCAUCUUUGAUGCCCCAUUAUCCAUUACGGAGCUUCCAGGAAUGAUCAUUGCAGGAAUGCUUCCAAGAAAACCUUGUCAGCAUUUGUUCAUUUACAUCUCUUCUACACCCCAUUUUUUUUUUUUUUUUUUUUUUUUCUCUCCAGUGGUUUCAUUCAGCUUUUCUCCAGAUACAGUCAAACUGUUGUAACACAACAUAUCUUCCCAUUAAUUUUAUAUAAUGAGACAUUUUACAACUUGUUUACAUUCACGUAAAUUGUCCAGUUUUAUCCAUUUCUUAUUUGUAUUCCCAUGAAUUUGGUUCUCCAUAAUCAACUAUGAAGUAACUAUGAAGUAAAGUGCAUUUCUUGAACACUAUAGCUUGGAAAGCCAAAUGCUUUGCCAGAAUAUAUUUUUGUAAAGUAUACAUACUGCAGGUGUAGUUGUAAUGAUAUGUAUAAUUUCUUGUUCAUCAGUGAAUUGCAUGUUUGUUCAAGUGCUGUAUUCAAUGUAUCAUUGUCCAACCACUAACUUCCUUCCAAGCAUAACACCAAAAAAAGGUAUAGAUUUUGAAAUGUGAUACUGGACCCUUUUUGCAUAAUGCUUCAUUGCAGAAUAACUGUUAAUGAAGUUCUUAAAUAUUUUUUAAUGAAAAGAUUUGUUUCUAAUUAUGCAACCAUACAAGAUGUUGAGUGUUUUUCAUAUUGAUGUAGUCACAGCCUUGGAUUCUCAUUUCUUUGGUCAUAUUACAUUGGUACUAAAAGAUGGGGUACAUCAAACACUACUUAGUAGUACACUUGUUUUACACUUGACAUUGCUUCUGAAAAAUCUGUGAUUGUAGACAUUUCUUACAGUUUUGCAAUAUCCAUAUCAUUAACACUGCUUCAGUAAAACAAUUAGUAGUUUGGGCAUUGAAGUUGUUGGAGGAGUGUUUACUUUGUGUACUCUCCCUCUGCAUUUAAGAUAAUGCUCUCUAAAGAAUGUCUGUCUGUCAUUACAGUUUGAAGUCAUUCUCAUAAAUCCACCUACCACAGACAUACCCACCAGGUGUAUUAUUUGCUGACUAAUAUGCCCCAAAAGUGGUCUUCCAGCAAAUUAGACUUGUACUCAUUGCCACAAGUCAGAAGAAAAAUGUUCCUCACAUAUUUACCAGAAAAGUUUAUAAAAUUAAAUAUUAUUUGAUUGUACAUGGUACAAGACUAUAUUUGUUGAAUAUUAAGAAUCCAGUUGUGAUUUUAUUGUGUAUAUGGUGCAAGAUUGUGUAAAAGUUUGAUGAGUGAGUUUUGGGUGAAAGGUAUGUAGUCAUUGCCUGCUGGAUCUAAUAGGGUACCUACAUUCCUUUUUAUAGGUGACGGUUUGAAGAGUUUAUAUUAAAAGAAUGUAAAUUAAA